AUGCUGCAAUUUCUAGGACUUAGCCUUCUGAAAGGUCAUAUAAAAUGUCCUAAACAAAGGAACCUUUUUACUUUAACCAAAGCAAUGUAUUAUCAUCCGAUAUUUACCUACACUAUGUCAGGGCGACGGUAUGAACAAUUAUUACGCUGUGUAUAUGCAUCGGAAUUGGAGGCUAAAGGACAACAGAAGAUUAUAAAAUUCAUAGAUAUGUUGACUAUUAACUUCAGAAAAAUAUAUAGUGCACGCGAGAAUUUGUCAUUAGAUGAGUCGCUACUUCUAUUUCGGGGUCGGCUACAUUUUCGACAAUAUAUAAAGUCAAAAAAAGCCCGAUACGGAAUUAAGUUCUAUGAACUUACUACGUUUGAUGGCUAUGUACUCAAUAUAUUGAUGUACUCUGGUAAGGAAACAACAAAUCAGAAUAUGGAUGAGGAUGAAUCUAAGACAGAAAAACUAGUGUUAAGGUUGAUGCGGCCAUAUUUGCUUCGUGGUCAUCACUUGUUCAUGGACAACUAUUAUAACUCUGUAAAGUUGUCACAGAAAUUGCUUGAUUUGAACACUCAUAGCACCGGCACCUUACGUAAGAGUCGUAAAGAUAAUCCUAAAUUUAUUACGACAAAAAAAUUGAAAAAAGGCGAGCAUGUAUGGGCUCGCAAAAACAAGGUGUAUGUUUCCAAUUGGAAAAAUAAACGCCCUGUCCUGAUGGUUACCACUAAAGUUCAUCCCUCGAUUAUAGAAGUUUCAAACAGAUUUGGCAAGUCCCGUUUAAAGCCUGCCGAAGUUGAUACAUAUAACAGAAACAUGUCUGGCAUUGAUCGUUGUGAUCAGAUGGUAUCUUACUAUUCUUGUCCCCGAAAAACCAUCAGAUGGUACAAGAGAGUAAUAUUUCACAUGAUGGACAUUGCAGUGUGGAACGCCUUUUUUCUUUAUAGAAAAUAUAAAAAAAAA